AGGUGAAGGCAAAAAUUCACGAUUGACCCGACGACACCAGCCUUUUAAAGACCGACGUCCCCUGCCGCAACAACGUGCCCGCAUACCAAGCCCCCCGAUAUCGAGAACCGCAUCACCUCCCGACAUCAGACAAUAUGAGGCCCAUUCUUUUGGCAGGUCACGAGCGUGCGCUCACCCAGAUCAAGUACAACUCGGACGGCGACCUCAUCUUCUCGACCGCCAAGGAUCAACAGAUUUGCGCCUGGUACGCACACAAUGGCGAGCGUUUGGGAACCUACCACGGCCACGUCGGUGCCAUCUGGACCGUCGACGUCGACCCCACCAGCACCCUGAUUGCUUCUGGUUCCGCCGACAACACGAUGAGACUUUGGGAUGUCAAGACCGGCAAGAACCUCAAGACCUGGGAGUUCCCUACCGCUGUCAAGCGCGUCGAGUUCAACGAGGACGGCACCAAGCUGCUCGGUGUCACGGAGAAGCGCAUGGGUUUCCUUUCCAACAUCAUCGUUGUCGACAUCAACCCCGACCCCGAGGCCGAGCAGAGCGAUGAGCGCGUCCUGACUAUUGUCUGCGACGAGAGCAAGGCCACCGUUGCUGGCUUCAGCUACCUCACCAAGUACAUUAUCGCCGGUCACGAGGACGGUUCCGUGUCGCAGUACGAUGCCAAGAACGGUGACCUGAUCUACAACGAGCCCGUCCACGAGCUUAACACGCCCAUCACGGAUCUCCAGUGGUCGCAGGACAGAACCUACUUCAUCACCGCCUCCAAGGACAAGACGUCCAAGCUCAUCACCGCCAAGGACCUCGAGGUUCUCAAGACCUACACCGCUGAUACCCCCCUCAACAGUGCCACCAUCACACCCAAGAAGGACUUUGUUAUCCUCGGAGGUGGUCAGGCCGCCAUGGAUGUCACCCGUACUUCGGCGAGACAAGGAAAGUUCGAGGCAAGAUUCUACCACAAGGUCUUUGAAGACGAGGUUGGCAGAGUCCGUGGUCACUUCGGUCCUCUGAACACCGUCGCCGCAGACCCCACCGGAAAGGGCUACGCAAGUGGUGGUGAGGACGGUUACGUCCGUGUCCACCAGUUCGACAAGGGCUACUUCGAUUUCAUGUACGAGGUCGAGCGGGAACGGAAGAACAGACAGGAGAACUAAAGAAAGAUUGGGGAAUUUUGGUUGGAAAGAAAAAAAAUUCAAGAGCAAGGCCCCUUCUUUUUUUUCUCUUCUUUCGUCUUUCUUUCGCGGCUUGCAUUAGUACGGCGUUCUGGGAAAUCUCUGGGGGGAUGGUUAGAUUUGGUUUUGUAAAAACCUAGGGCAGUCCGCGAAAACCAAAAACGAAAGUAAAAAGAAGCCUGGUAACACGGAUGAUAUCAAACUUUCCUCCUCUCUACGCUUUUGGGGCGGCGGGAAGAAGCCUUUGAGGAUGAGAUGAACCAAAAUGUAAUGAUGAGAUUUCUGACAAACAACAAGUUAGUACCAUUGAAUGAAAGUCAUGAUGAUAUCCGAA